AUGUCGAAAUUAGCAGAGCUCAAACAGCAGACAGCUGCCAUCGAUGAGGGCAUGAACAAGAUCAAGAUGGUGGACAACGAUGUAAAAAAGACGCCUGCCAAGGCACCUGCGAAGACACCGACCAAAGCUCCAGCGAAAGCACCGGCAGCUAAGCCAAGUGGAAGCACUCCAGCGAAACAGAGCACACCGGCCAAAGCACCCGUAAAGCAGCCUCAAUCUGCAGCUCCCAAGCCGGCCUCAAGUGCAGCAAAACCUGCUCCGCCGAAGACGUUGGCGCCCAAAUCACCACAGUCUGGUCCCACACCAUCUGCGCCGAAGAAGAUGGCACCGGCCCCUGCCUCUUCCGCGCUCAAGCCCAACGCGAACUCGACUCCCGCUACCAAAGCGCCUCCAACCAAGACAUCCACGCCUAAACCUCCCGCAUCGGUCGCUGGCUCUACCACCAGCACAAGGACGAAGAUGGGAUCGAAAAAGCCAGUCCCUAUGGCUGUUCGAGACAAUGCAGAGCGCAAAGCUGCCAAUCCCAAAUUCGCGAAGAAAGAGGAAGCAGGUGAUGCAGCCAAAAAACCAGCAGAAAGUGCUGCUGGAGCUGCGAAGUCUGCACCCACAAAGACUGGAGCUGCGCCCGUGAAGAAAGCGGCCAGUACUGGUCAGGCUACGGAGGGAGCAAAGAAGCCCGCUGCUGCGGCUCAAAAACCUGCUGGUGCCGCUAAAGCUCCUCAGAAACCAACGGGAGCAGCUGGGAAGACAACUGGCAAAGCGACGGGUGCCGUAGAAAAGACAGCAGAUCAAGGAGCUGGUGCCGUCAAUAAGGCCGCUUCAACUGCCACCGGCGGCCUCGAUAAAGCGACCGGUGGAAAGACGAGUGGAGCGUCAAAGGCGGCUACGGGCGCCACAAAGUCGGCGACAAACACUGCAACUGGCGCAGCGAAGAACGCUUCCGGUACUGCACAAGGAGCGCUUGGUAACCUAUCCAAGACCGGGACUGAUACCUGGAACGCUGCAAAAUCUGGUAAUAUCACGGGAGCCGCAGGUGGAUUGGCCAAAGGGGCCGGCAGCACAGUUUCAGGCGCAGGUGCGGGUGUGGGAUCCACUGUGAACGAUGCUGGAAAAGGCGUCGAUAGUCUCGUUGGAGGCGCCGGCAAGAAUCUCGGGAACACAAUCGGCGGCUCGGCUGGGAAAAGCAUCGAGGACACAACCGGCAACGUCGGCAAGACCGCUUCAAGCGCAACAAAGGGAGUUUCUAAGACAGUUUCUGACACAACUGGAGCUUUGGGAAAAGGCGAUGUCCGAGGCGUAGCUUCCGGCGCGACUGGUGGUGUGGGUGACACUGUUGGAGGGGCCGGUAAAGGGCUCGGCGGUGCCGUUGAGGGCGUUGGCGAUUCUGUGGGAGGUGCGAUCCCGGGACGUGCUGGUGGAGCCGUGAGCGGUGUCACGAAAGGAGCCGGUGAUGCUGUGGGCUCGAUCACUGGUGGGCUCGGCGAUGGGGUUUCGAAGCUCGGCAAGGGGGAUGUUGGAGGUCUGGGGUCUGUAGUUGGCGGCGUGGGAUCGGGAGUCGGCAAGCUAGGCUCGGGGAUAUGGGGCGGGAUCAGUGGCAGCAAUAAGAAGGAGGCGGAAGCAGAUGAUGCGGAGGAAGCAUAG